AUGCAAGAAGUUGAAAAUUCAUCUGUUGAGGUGAAGCCAUGUUUUAAGACGAAUCCGGACAUCUUCCGGCUUGGUGAACGUAAAGAACAUGUUCUGGCUCACGAAAUUGGUGCUGGAUCACGUUGCCGGAAAUGCGAUUGUUCAGGCUUAGAUUUACAUUUUUGGAGAAAAAUAUGCAAAACAUGUGGUUGUCGAAUGGACGAACAUGACGUGCAACUGCCGAAUGAGUUUGAUCACGGUCAAAUAAUAAUUGGCCGAUUGUUUGGAGUUCGUGAACAUUUUGAAAGCACUUCUAAGCCUUUAAUAGCUUUGAAAAGUUCAGAACAUGACAAAAAUGCAAUUUCAUCAUCUGCCACCUCACCUAUAGCAAAAAAGAAUGUGACAGCUGUUUACAACUUCAAAACGAAUCUUGAUGAGGAACGGAACGAUGUGAAAUCAACCGAGUAUUCGUGGGCCCCAGUACCAGAUAAGCUACUGGUCGAGAAAUAUAUGAUGGCGUUGCCAGAAAUUGAACGGCCAAUAUUAGGAACUGGGGGAGAGCAAAACCGGAAAAGUCGACUUCAAUUUCAGCUACCUUUGUACGAUUGUAAUAUAGAAGAUGCCCGGUUUGUUAAUGAAGGCGACAAACCAGUACUACAACGUUUUAUUGAGAAUAUUAAGAAAAAUGCAAUUGGUGUAGGUACGGUUGUGACGGUGCCGUCAGCAUCAACAACUCCAACAGGGCUAGAAGAUGCAUUAAACGGGUUAAAGCUACAAACGGAUUGUAAUGAAUGCAAAAACAGUUUGAAUUCUGGAGAUGUUGGUGUAUGCACAGAUCAUGGUAAAGCGAAAGAUAUCUGGCAUCCGGGUUGUUUCCGAUGUUCAACAUGUCAUCAACUACUUGUUGAUAUGAUAUAUUUCUAUAAUGAUGGCAAAUACUAUUGUGGAAGACAUUAUGCGGAUAUCCACUAUCCACGUUGUGCUGGCUGUGAUGAGCUUAUAUUUGCUCAUGAAUAUACAUAUGCGGAAGAGAAAUCAUGGCAUUUUGAUCAUUUCGCAUGUUAUAAGUGUGAUUUGAAGUUAGGUGGUCAUCGUUAUAUGGCUGUUGAUGAGCAGCCAUACUGCUUACCAUGCUAUAUGGAGCAUUAUGCUAAAAAAUGUGAAAGUUGUGAAAGUAAGAUAGCGCCGGAUGAGAAACGACUUCAUUAUAAGGAAUAUCAUUGGCAUGCCAGACAAUCCUGUUUUCAAUGUCAGAACUGCCACAAAAGUCUUAUUGAUCAGAAAUUUUUAUUGAAAAACUUAAAAGUUUUUUGUUCAGGAAAUUGUCGUGAUGAAUUCUUUAAAUGUUGA